CUCUGCUUCAGCGGAGCUGUUGGCGGGGAGCGGAGAGGACGUGCUAACCAGAAGAAUUCUAACCUGUGCUGUCUGCAUAUUUGCCGUUCCAUCCUGCAUCGCUCCAGGAACUGCAAUGAAGAGAAGCGGCCGGCCGAGUAGGGGACGAUAUGGGAGGAGAAACCACCAGCAGAACACUUGGUCGGGACCAUGCAGUUCUGGCGAGAGAUACACUACAGGGGCAGCACAGAGUUUGGGCUACGGUGAUGAAGAGUCCCCAUCGACCUCGUCCAGUUCCACUGGGGAUCCUUCUGUGCCAGAUCUCCCAGGGUUUUACUAUGAUCCUGAGAAGAAGCGCUACUUCCGCUUGCUCCCUGGCCAUAACAACUGCAACCCCCUCACGAAGGAGAGCAUCCGCCACAAGGAAAUGGAGAGCAAGAGGCUGCAGCUGCUGGAGGAGGAGGACAAGCAGAGAAAGAAGAUAGCCAGAGUGGGAUUUAAUGCAUCUUCCUUCCUACGAAAAAGCCAGCUGGGUUUUCUCAACACCACCAGUUACUGUCGGUUAGCCCACGAGCUUCGCAUGAGCUGCAUGGAGAGGAAAAAGGUCCAGAUUCAGAGCUCAGAUCCUUCAGCCUUGGCCAGUGAUCGCUUUAACCUCAUCCUGGCGGAUACCAACAGUGAGCGGCUCUUCACCGUGAACGACGUCAAAAUUGGGGGCUCCAAGUACGGCAUCAUCAACCUGCGUGGCCUGAAGACCCCCACGCUUGAGGUGCACAUGCAUGAGAACCUUUACUUCACCAACCGCAAGGUAAACUCCAUGUGCUGGGCCUCACUCAAUCACUCGGAUUCUCACAUUCUGCUGUGCCUCCUGGGACUUGCAGAGACGCCAGGAUGUGUCACCUUGCUCCCGGCAUCGUUAUUCGUCAGCAGUCACCCAGGUACAGAUCGGCCUGGUAUGCUCUGCAGUUUCCGGAUCCCUGGUGCAUGGUCCUGCGCGUGGUGUGUGAACUUCCAGGCUAAUAACUGCUUUAGUACUGGUUUGUCGCGGCGGGUGCUGUUGACAGACGUGGUAACGGGACACCGGCAGUCAUACGGAACCAACAGUGAUGUCUUGGCCCAGCAGUUUGCUGUUGUGACUCCUUUGCUGUUUAAUGGCUGCCGUUCUGGGGAGAUCUUUGCCAUUGAUCUACGUUCUCCAACUCAAGGCAAGGGCUGGAAGGCCACCAGGCUGUUCCAUGAUUCAGCUGUGACCUCCGUCAAGCUCCUCCAGAAAGAGCAAUGUCUGAUGGCAUCAGACAUGGCUGGAAAGAUCAAGCUGUGGGAUCUGAGGACCACUAAGUGUAUUAGGGAGUAUGAAGGUCAUGUAAACGAGUACGCCUACCUGCCCUUGCAUGUGCACGAGGAGGAAGGACUCCUGGUGGCAGUGGGCCAGGACUGCUACACACGAAUCUGGAGUCUCCAUGAUGCCCAGCUGCUCAGAACCAUACCUUCCCCAUACCCUACCUCCAAGGCCGACAUUCCAAGUGUGGCCUUCUCUUCUAGGCUCGGAGGCUCUCGGGGAGCUCCAGGACUGCUCAUGGCUGUCCAGCAGGACCUUUACUGUUUCUCCUACAGCUAAUUCUGUAGGGUCCAUGUGGAGGAGAAUGGACAUGACAUAAGCGGAAAGAGUAGCUUAUUUUCUGAAGGAUGUGGGGUAUUCACAGAUGCGUGCCUCUGGCCGCCAGGGAUCAGGUACUAAAGUGUUACACAUGGAGAAACUUAAGUAAAGUUGUUGGUGUUAAAUUGUAGGCUCCGAGAGCUUGAAAAUCCUUUUCAUAAAAGGUACUUAAUUCCUUUCCUAGUUGAAUUCCACAGGAUAGCUCCCCCUCCUGCAUUAACAAAAAAUGUCUCCAAGGAAUGGAGACUGGAAAAGACUAAAACAACUACAUUAAAGCUGCUGCUUCACUGGUGAAACAUAGCAACAAAACCAGAAGAUUGUUUUCCAUUGUUCUGUGCCUGUGUCCCAGGAAAAACCAACUCUGUCCAGCUAGGGUGGAGAGACAAAUCAGAUCACAUCCCUGCAUCUCUGCACAGAAAAGAUUUACAGCUGCAGUUUAAUCAUUAAGCUUGACCUUCUUAAACUCACUGUUCACCUCUAGUAUUCUUUCCUUAUCACACCAUAGGCAAUAAAAGGGGAAAAAGA